UGUAUAAUACAAUGUUUGUAAAAAGUGUUUGGACUCUGUAAAAGGCUUAACACAACUGCCUUCUACUUUACAGACAUGACCGAGGAACGGUUGGGUGACGCAAGUGGAACAGACAAUGCUGAGUCCUACAGUGACAAAGACCCAGACCAAAGGAGCUCCCCUGAUGUGACAAAAGCCAAAAGCUGCUUCACUCCCGAGAGCCCUGAAAUAGUGUCAGUGGAUGAAAGUGGUUAUGCAGCCCAGAAAAAUGGUGGCAGCACAGAAAGCAGAACAGACAGUCCCAAGUACCAUGCAGAACAGAAUCAUCUCCUGAUAGAAGGUCCAUCGGGGACAGUUUCUCUGCCUUUCAGUUUGAAGGCCAACAGGCCUCCUCUUGAAGUGUUAAAAAAAAUCUUCCCCAACCAAAAGCCAACUGUGCUUGAAUUAAUCUUGAAAGGCUGUGGGGGUGAUCUGGUGAGUGCUGUUGAAGUCCUUUUGUCCAGCCGAUCUUCUGUAGCUGGUGGGGACAGAACUGCUACCGAAUCAGAUGGUCUUGUUUUGCCUUCCAAUGGGCAUAUUUUUGAACACACCCUGAGUUCAUAUCCUAUUUCCUCUUCUAAGUGGUCUGUGGGAUCAGCCUUUCGAGUUCCAGACACGUUGAGAUUCUCCACUGAUUCUAGUAGUGUUGUCCCAAACCCUUUGGCUGUACCUUUACAGCAUCCUUUCCCACAGCCACCACGCUAUCCGCUGAUGCUGAGGAACACUUUGGCGAGAAAUCAAUCUAGUCCUUUUCUACCUAACGAUGUCACCUUAUGGAACACCAUGACACUGCAGCAGCAAUACCAGCUGAGGUCCCAAUACGUCAGCCCUUUCUCUAGUAAUUCAACCAGUGUAUUCCGAAGCUCACCUGUUCUUCCGGCUCGUGCAUCAGAAGAUCCCAGGAUCUCAAUCCCUGAUGAUGGAUGUCCAAUUGUGUCUAAACAACCUAUUUACACAGAAGAUGACUAUGAUGAAAGAUCUGAUUCUUCAGACUCUAGAAUACACAAUACAUCAUCUUAGAAUGACACUUGACAUGUGAUAAGUAAGUGAUAUUUGCAAUUCGGCUGAACUACUGGGCAACAAGAGGAGGGAAACAUUCUCUGUGAAACCCUGGCAAUUAUAUAAAAAAGUGACUUUGCUUGGUACUGUACGUUAGCAAUAAAGACAUAACUUAUUUAAUUUCUUGCACUUCACUGGAAAAUGCCAAAUAGCUAUUCUCUGUGGCUUUAGUGCUGAAUGUUUAGUACAAAAGGAAGAUUCUAAGGAUAAGAAUAAUUAAGGGAAAGCUGGGACUGUGGAAGAUUUAUAAUAGAACCUAAUGCUGAAGGUCUGCCUUGCCCUUUAACUCAGACACCUGGGAAUGUUAAAAUAGAAUACUUGAAUGCUGUUUUAUAAGAGAGGACUCCUCAGGACAUAAGAAAUCAAAAGAACGUAGUUCAAUUGCAAAUGGACUAAGCAGGGACCUUAUAUUCUUAUGCCAAUAAUCAUCCUUGCAUUUAACAAAAAACAAAACAAAAACUAUCCCCUGUCCCCCAAAACAAAUCAAAAUGACUGACUGCACAUGAGACUAAAAUGAACUGCUUCUGUGCUGUUUAAGCGUGGACACUUUUUAGAGACAAAUAACACUAAGAAUUACUCUUUUCACAUGGCUAGAUCAAAACAUGUGUAAUGUCAAUGUAAAACCAAUUACAGCUGUGAAUUGCAUGAAAUGUAUUGUGAAAUGAACACAAGAUUAAACAUUGUCAGGUUAAUGUAGCAUGCUAAGGACGCUAGCAAAAUAAACUAAGAA